AUGGCACCUACACUUUUGAAAAGGCUCACUACGGUGCAAUAUGCGCGAUUAGCCGAAAUCGAGUUAACGAGUUCGCGAUUAAGGGAUAAGGAUCGCAAUACAUUUAAUCGCAAUAUUAUUAUUUCUCGAAUUGAGUCUCUCCAGGAAAUCUGGAGGGAAGCGCGGGGCGCGCAUGCCGAGAUUUCCAUGCGUGAAGAUGCUGAAGGUGACGCUUAUCUAACGGAUAAUAUGAUUGAACGGUUGCAAACUGCAUACGAGGAUACGCUUGACUUUCUUUUAACGGUUCAAGCAGAGCUUGAGGCUGCGGAACCGCCUACUUUACCGACCGGGCCACCGAUCGCCAGCUCCUCCCUAACGCUCGAGCAUCGCGCGGCUAAAUUACCAAAAUUAGAUUUACCAACGUUUUCCGGUCAAUAUGAGGAUUGGGAAAACUUUUGUGAUUUAUUCACCACGCUCGUACACAAUGCCCCUGGUUUAGCUGAUGCGACCAAGCUACAGUACUUGAAAACUUGUUUGAAGGGUGCCGCGGCGGAUUUAGUUAAGGACGUAACAACCAUGAAUGCGAAUUAUGCGACGACGUGGCAAGCUUUAAAGGCCCGUUUCCACAAUCCACGAUUAAUUGUUUACAAGCAUUUACGGGCCCUUAUGGAUAUGCCAUUUUUAAAAAAAGAAUCUGCGACAGAGCUGCGUUCCUUUGCUGAUGAGGCUCAGCGCAUAGUUCGCGCUUUAUCGAAUUUACAGAUGCCGGUAGAUCAUUGGGAUGUGUGGUUAGUUUAUAUUUUAGCGGCGCGUUUGGAUUCCGAUUCCCAAAAGGCGUGGGAGACGGAUUUGAGUGUGCUGGAUCGUCGCAUGGUUUUGGAUAACGUCUCGGAUUUAGGGAACGUAAGUCCGCUAGAUCGAUUUCCGAAAUUCGUGGAUCUAUCUGAGUUUUUGGAAAAGCGUGUUCAGGCCCUUAGUAUGAUUGCUUUGAACGCUAGUAAAACUGAGAAAAAGCCUUCUGCUUUACCCAGACCGGUACCUGGCUCUCGAAGGGUACUUCAUACUGCUUCUUCCCAGCAUGGGGUGGAUGGCAGAUCGAAGUGUCCCAUGUGUCAUGGAGUGCAUUUGCUUUCCAAAUGUUUCAAAUUUCUGGCCAAGAGUCCCUUUGAACGCCGUAGAGAAGUCCGUCGACUCCAGCUUUGUUUUAACUGUCUCGGUCGACAUAGAGUUUCUGAGUGCUUGUCGUCGUUUCGUUGCCUGCAGUGUAGGGAAAAACACCAUACGUUGCUUCAUUCUGUGCAGGGUAGUGGGUUUCAUUCGAAAGAGAAGGGUUCGGUUGAGGCACAAAGGUCUCGCGAAGACAAGGCUUCGACGUCAUCGGGCGUUAAUAUACACACCGCUCGUGUUGUGUCGCGUAAAUAUAUGGUACUGUUAGCGACGGCUCAACUAAUGUUGGUGGGACCGCAUGGGGUGCAGACUCGUGUGCGGGCCUUGUUAGACCAAGGUUCCCAAAGUUCUUUUGUCUCCGAAUCGGUCGCUAAUUUGUUGGGUUUGCAGAAGCGUCGCGUCGAUGUUCCAUUGAUGGGCCUCGGGGCGAAGUCGGCUGGCACCGCCCAUCAGGCUACGAGUUUUAAAAUAAUAUCGCUAAUUGAUCCGUUGUUUCAAGUGGAAACGAAUGCUCUUAUUUUGUCAAAGCUCACGUCGCAGCUUCCAGCUCGAUGCCCCAUGGAGUUAGAUCUCGGUAGGUUUGCGGGAUUAUCUUUAGCCGAUCCGCAAUUUCAUAUUACAGGGUCCGUCGAUGUUAUUCUAGGCGCGGAUGUUUACGGGCAGCUAUUGCGUUCGGGCCUGCGGAGUUUUCCUCCUUUGUCCCUAGUUGCGCAGGAGACAGUCCUCGGUUGGAUUGUCUCCGGACCUGUGCUUACGGUCGGUUCACGGCGGGCGGUCGACCGUGGGACAGCUCCGUUACACGCAUUGCAUUGUGCAAGGGAGGAAGACAUAGACGAGUCGUUGCAGCGUUUUUGGACCCUUGAAGAAUUGCCAACGGUCACCGCGUCGCUUAGACCUCUAGAUGAAGCGUGCGAAAAAUUAUUUAGAGAUUCACAUGUUCGUAAUUCUGACGGUCGGUUCAUUGUACGUCUUCCUUUAAAAUCAGAGCCGCCAGCGGUUGGUCCGGAAACCAGACGUAUGGCCUUGGGUUCACUUAUGCAUAUGUAUCGUCGGUUUGCUCGCGAUCCUAGGAUAGCUUCGGCUUAUCGCGAAUUUAUGGCGGUUUAUGAAAAAUUGGGGCAUAUGGAGCGUGUUCCUGCGUCUGAACUCGAUAAUCCGCGUGCUUGGUAUUUGCCUCAUCAUGCAGUCGUGCAAUCGACGCCGUCGAACUGGAAGAUUCGUGUAGUAUUCGAUGCGUCGCGGAAAACUCGCGAAGGUCAAUGUUUGAACGAUUUUCUUUUGGCAGGGCCGGCUCUGCAGCGCGAUUUGUCGUUAAUCCUGUUAAAUUGGCGCCGGUAUCGUUUUGUAUUCACGGCGGACGUGGUUAAGAUGUUUCGGCAAAUUCGCGUUUCGCGUGGGGAUCAAGAUUUUCAAAGAAUAGUGUGGGCUCCUAGCUCGUCGGAGACGCCGGUGGAAUAUCGUUUAACAACCGUGACUUAUGGGACGGCGUGUGCUCCCUAUCUCGCGAUACGCACACUGCUGCAAUUAGCGGAGGAGGAGAGAUCGCACUUUCCUCUUGGGGCCCGGUGCCUGGAAUCAAAUACGUACGUGGACGACACUUUUGCGGGAGCGGACGAACUUGCAGUCGCGGUGAAUAUCCGACAGGAACUCAUUGCCCUCUUACGGUCGGCAGGAGUUGAAUUACAUAAAUGGGCCGCAAAUCAUCCUGAUCUUCUGCCUUUUAACAUGCGGCAAUCUGGGUCGGAUGAUUCGAAGUCGAUCAGUUUCGAUGAGUCCGUCAAAACGCUUGGAGUUCAGUGGAAUCCCGGUCAGGACGAAUUUCGAUUCACCACUUUAGAUUUUAAAAGUUUGUCUGGAGCGGUGACCAAGAGGUCUGUUCUUUCAAGCAUCGCUCGUUUGUUUGAUCCAUUAGGCUGGUUGGCUCCGAUCACGAUAGCUGCUAAAAUUCUGAUGCAGGAUCUUUGGAUCUUGAAGUGCGAAUGGGAUUCUGCUUUGCCAGUGGAAGUGCGAGACAGGUGGCUCGAAUAUUGUAAUUCUCUUUCCGCGUUACCCACUUUAUCAAUUGGCCGGUGGCUAGGAGCCUCAUGUAAUUCAGAGGUGCAAAUUCAUGGAUUUUCUGACGCCUCAUCUCGUGCUUACGCAGCGGCGGUUUACAUUCGGAUUAAUGAGGGAGAUGGUCGUUUUCGCACUUCUCUUUUAUCUGCGAAAAGUAGGGUUGCUCCUGUGAAGACUGUGAGUAUUCCCAACCUUGAAUUGUGUGGAGCUGUGUUGCUUAUCAAGCUGCUUCGUCAUGUUCGAAAGCUUGACUUCUUGCGGAAUUUACCUGUGUUUGCUUGGUCAGACAGCCAAAUUGUAUUGACGUGGCUUCGAAAUCAUCCCUGCCACUGGAAAACCUUUGUGGCGAAUCGGGUGUCUUUCAUUCAGACAGAGUUGCCAAGUGCUAAAUGGGCGCAUGUGCCCACUGAAGAGAAUCCCGCGGACUUGGCUACGCGCGGUAGCAAGCCCGUUGACUUGAUGCAUGCGAACCUGUGGUGGCAUGGGCCUGAUUGGCUUGCGAUGCCCGAGGAGCACUGGCCUAAAGCGCCGCUAGCUCCGCGGGUCUUGCAUGUUAAUGUGACUCCGAGUGAUCCGGAAAUUUUUCUUAGAUUCUCUUCCUUGACUCGGUUAACUCGUGUCGUAGCUUAUUGUUUACGCCCAUUGGUUGGCUUGCGACGGCGUAAGGGUAAUUUUUCAAAAUUGCCGGAAUUCUUGACCGCGUCGGAACUGUCUGAAGCACGGAUUGUAUUAAUUAAGUUAGCACAAGCGCAUGCUUUUGAUUCUGAGAUUAAGCUAUUGCAGAUGGGUAAGAGUUUACCAAAGCGUAACCCUUUACUCAGUUUGAAUCCGUUUUUGGACAAGACGGACGGUGUUCUGCGCGUCGGGGGUCGUUUAGCAAAUUCAAUUCUGUCUCGCGAUCGUAAGCAUCCGCCUAUUUUACCGCGUCGUUCGCCGCUUAGUCGUCUAUUUGUUCGGUACGCGCAUCAUUCUUGUCUUCACGGCGGUCUUACGCUUACUUUAAAUACGGUUAUGCAACACGUGUGGAUCCUCGGAAGGAAUCGCGUAAUUAAGACUGAAAUUCGUCAAUGUGUUACUUGCCAGCGGGUUAAGCCACGUUUGGCAUGGCAAAUGAUGGGCAAUCUUCCUGCCACGCGAGUAACUCCGGCUCGGCCGUUUUCAUUCACCGGAUUAGAUUAUGCGGGUCCUUUUCAGGUUCGUACGGCUAAGGGCCGCGGGUAUAAAUGUUACAAGGGGUAUAUUGCGCUUUUUGUUUGUUUUACGACACGGGCUAUUCAUCUUGAGGCUGUGAGUGACCUCACGACACGGACUUUUCUUGCCGCGUAUCGGCGUUUUGCAGGGCGUCGGGGGGUUUGCCGAAAGUUAUACAGUGAUAACGCUACCACGUUUCAAGCCGCGGAUAAAGAGUUACGGGCUAUGUUUACAGCGGCUUCGGAUUUUUAUAAGAGUGUCGCCGCCACUCUCGCGAACGACGGAACGUCCUGGACGUUCAUCCCUCCGAAUUCUCCCCACUACGGAGGGUUAUGGGAGGCUGGAGUCAGGUCAGUCAAACAUCAUUUGAAACGGGCAAUCGGUGAUCGGCCUUUAACUUUUGAAGAGUUUUCGACGGUUUUAGUAGAAAUAGAAGCUUGCCUUAAUUCGCGGCCUCUUUGUCCGUUGAGCGCGGAUAUUGAGGAUCUGCAGGCUUUGACUCAUGCGCAUUUCCUUGGAGUUGCUUCCGGAUUGGUUCCUGAUGAACCACCUCCCGAUGUGUCAGAGAACCGUCUCGAACGCUUUCAGUUGCUUCAGUCGAUUCAGAAUAAUUUUUGGAAACGAUGGUCUGAGGAGUAUCUUCAAUAUUUACAGGAGCGUGCAAAGUGGCGGGGGCCAACUGAUAAUUUCGCGGUUGGUCAGCUGGUUCUUGUACGUGACGAUCGAUAUCCACCUUCGAAAUGGCCCCUGGGGCGCAUAACCGAAGUACAUCUCGGACCAGAUGGGUUGGUGAGAGUGGUCACGGUUCGAACGGCUACUUCCAUUUUAAAAUGA